GAGCUUCUGUGAAGAACUUGCUGAAAGCAGAUGUGUGAGAAUUUUUCUGCAUGAAGACUCUCAAACUGGAUUACUUAACAGUAUGGCUUAAGCAUAUAUCCUCUUAUUUUCAUCCUUAACCAUGAUUAGGGUUGUGUUGAAAAUUUAACCUGUUUCUGAUGAGUGAUCUAGACAUGAGUUUACAUCGGCAAAUGGGCUCUGAUCGGGACCUGCAGUCUUCUGCUUCCUCUGUGAGUUUGCCUUCCGUUAAAAAGGCACCAAAGAAAAGAAGAAUUUCCUUGGGCUCUCUCUUCCGGAGAAAAAAAGACACGAAACGCAAGUCAAGAGAUUUAAAUGGAGGCGUCGAUGGGAUUGCGAGUAUUGAAAGCAUUCAUUCAGAAAUGUGCACAGACAAGAACUCUAUUUUCUCCACGUGUACCUCCUCCGAUAAUGGAACCACCUCUAGCAGCAAACCAAGCGGAGACUUCAUGGAGUGCCCCCUGUGCCUUCUGCGGCACUCCAAGGACAGGUUCCCCGAGAUCAUGACCUGUCACCACAGGUCCUGUGUGGAUUGCUUGCGUCAGUAUCUCCGGAUAGAAAUCUCCGAGAGCAGAGUUAAUAUUAGCUGUCCAGAAUGCUCAGAACGGUUUAAUCCUCAUGAUAUUCGUUUAAUAUUGAACGAUGACGUCUUGAUGGAAAAAUAUGAAGAGUUCAUGCUUAGGCGAUGGCUUGUUGCAGAUCCUGAUUGCAGGUGGUGCCCAGCUCCAGAUUGUGGAUACGCCGUGAUCGCUUUUGGGUGUGCCAGCUGCCCCAAGCUUACGUGCGGGCGAGAAGGCUGCGGGACCGAGUUCUGCUACCACUGCAAGCAGAUUUGGCAUCCGAACCAGACGUGUGAUGCUGCUCGCCAGGAGAGAGCUCAGAGCCUGCGCCUGAGGACGAUCCGUUCCUCCUCCAUUAGCUACAGCCAGGAGUCUGGAGCAGCAGCUGAUGAUAUAAAGCCAUGCCCGCGCUGUGCUGCUUAUAUAAUAAAAAUGAAUGAUGGAAGCUGCAAUCAUAUGACUUGUGCAGUCUGUGGCUGCGAAUUCUGUUGGCUGUGUAUGAAAGAGAUCUCAGAUUUACAUUAUUUAAGCCCAUCAGGUUGCACAUUCUGGGGAAAGAAACCUUGGAGCCGUAAGAAGAAAAUACUGUGGCAACUAGGGACACUUGUUGGAGCUCCUGUAGGAAUUGCAUUAAUAGCUGGCAUUGCUAUCCCUGCUAUGAUUAUUGGAAUUCCUGUGUACGUGGGACGUAAGAUUCACAAUCGAUACGAAGGCAAAGACAUUUCAAAGCACAAGCGAAACUUGGCAAUAGCUGGAGGUGUAACCUUGUCUGUCAUUGUUUCUCCAGUUGUAGCUGCAGUAACUGUAGGUAUUGGUGUUCCCAUUAUGCUGGCUUAUGUGUAUGGGGUUGUUCCAAUUUCGCUGUGCCGCAGCGGAGGUUGUGGAGUGUCAGCAGGCAACGGGAAGGGCGUCCGCAUUGAAUUCGACGAUGAAAACGAUAUCAACGUUGGUGGAACAAAUGCAGCUGUAGACGCCGCGUCGGUGGCGGAGGCGCGACACACCCCCAGCAUCGGCGAGGGCAGCGUCGGCGGCCUCACCGGCAGCCUGAGCGCCAGCGGGAGCCACAUGGACAGGAUAGGAGCCAUCCGGGACAACCUCAGCGAAACCGCCAGCACCAUGGCCCUGGCCGGGGCCAGCAUCACGGGGAGCCUCUCGGGAAGUGCAAUGGUUAACUGCUUUAACAGACUGGAGGUACAAGCAGAUGUGCAGAAAGAACGAUACAGCCUGAGCGGCGAAUCCGGCACGGUUAGCUUGGGAACGGUUAGUGACAACGCCAGUACCAAAGCAAUGGCAGGAUCCAUUCUGAACUCCUAUAUCCCUUUGGAUAGGGAAGGCAACAGUAUGGAAGUGCAAGUGGAUAUUGAAUCAAAGCCAGCCAAAUUCAGACACAACAGCGGAAGCAGCAGCGUCGAUGACGGCAGCGCUGCAGGUCGGGGUAAUGCUGGGUGUUCGUCAGCCUGCUUGCCAGAAAGCAAAUCUGGUGCCACCAAGUGGUCCAAAGAAACAACAGCUGGAAAAAAAUGCAAAGGUAAACUGAGAAAGAAAAGUAGCAUGAAGAUAAACGAGACACGAGAGGACAUGGAUGCUCAGCUGUUGGAACAGCAAAGCACAAACUCUAGCGAAUUCGACUCGCCCUCUCUCAGCGACAGCGUUCCGUCGGUAGCAGAUUCGCACUCAAGUCACUUCUCCGAGUUCAGCUGCUCGGAUAUGGAAAGCAUGAAAACCUCCUGCAGCCAUGGCUCCAGCGAUUACCACAGCCGCUUCGCCGCCGUUAGCGCUCUCCCAGAGGUGGAAAACGAUCGCUUGGAAAACUCUCCCCACCAGAGUGGGAUUCCUGCCCUCGCUGCGGGCGCUGACGCUCCGCAGCUGGGUUACAUCGCGGAGGAAAGCGCAAAUAACGGGUCGCCAACAGACGCAGAUGUAGGUGUUGGUGAGACACUGAAGGAAACAAACAAUAACCAUUCACCACACGCUGUGGAAUUAAGCACUGCAAUUCAGACUGAAAUCUAAGUCUAAGUGCUGCAGAAACAUUUACCACUGAAGAACCCUGUCUGAAAGCUGGUUGAAUUACGUGC